GGGUUUUGUUUUCCACACACUUGUCUUCCUGAAACCAUCCCUGAGACUUUGUUAUAUCAAACUAUUUGAGUGAGUUCAGACUGUAUUUAAAAUAAAAAAUGUUGGCAACUUUUUUCUUCAGUGGCUUGAAGAGCGAGACGUCGCUUCGGGAGGAGGAUAACGGUGCAGGACGUUAGCCUUACGUUAGCUAAGCAGCAACAGGUCGGUGGGUUGGUCAACUGACCUAGCUAACAACAGAACAACUGACAUGGAGCGCGCGACUUUUUCAAAAUACUCCUGGAUCGAUUUCGCCUUCUCCGUGGUCGGAGUGUGCACCUUCCUGGUGGACUGGGGCUCGGACCUGUGGGUGGCCGCCGAGUUUUACUACCGAGGGGACUUCAUCUGGUUCGGGGUUCUGGUCGGCCUCAUGGUCCUGUCCUCCGUCGUGGUCCAGACGUUCAGCUGGUUCUGGUUGAAGUAUGACCGCGAGCUGCCGGGGUUCCGCGCGCACACCUCGGGGACGGUGGUGUUCCUCGGGGACCGGGUGAAGCUCUCCGGCGUGCUACACGUGCUGCAGCUGGGUUUCCUUUGCAGGCACAUCUCCGCCAUACGACAGGGCUUCAGGGUUUGGUGGCGGAAAGAGGAAGGGUCAGAGUACGCCGUUUACCUGACACACGACCUCAGCAUGCUCCGGCUCAUCGAGACCUUCUGUGAGAGCGCCCCUCAGCUCACCCUGAUGAUCUAUGUCAUGCUGACCACAAACAAGGCCAGGACCGUUCAGUUUGUGAGCAUCGCUGCAUCAACCACUUCCAUAGCGUGGAUGGUAGUGGAUUACCACCGCUCCCUGCGCUCCUUCCUCCCUGACAAGGCCAAGCAGGGCUGGUGCUCUUCUUUGAUCUACUUCCUGUGCAACCUGCUGCUGAUCGCCCCACGCGUUGCCGCCCUCGCCCUCUUCGCCUCGGUGCUGUCCGAGUACAUGGCCGCCCACUUUCUGAUGCUGUGGUCCGUCUUCGCGCUGUGGGCCUGGCGGCAGGGAACGGACUUCAUGGACAGCGUUGCCGGGGAGUGGCUCUACCGGGCCACCGUGGGGCUCAUUUGGUACUUCAGCUGGUUUAACGUGGCAGAGGGUCAGACCCGAAGCAGGAGCAUCAUCUACCACUCUUUCAUCACCACGGACGGAGUGAUCCUGCUGACGACCUGGUGGUGCUACAGGGACCCUGUCCAGACCGAGCCGUACGCCCUGGCUCUGCUCAUAGCUCUACCUCACAUCUACCUCCUGGGGCUGCUCUUUAAGGCCCUCUACUACUGCUGCUUCCACCCCAAGCUGUGGAGGCCGCCGGUGAGGGACCCGGGACUGCCCGUUGAUCUGCCCGACGCAGCGGUGUCCUUCAGAGACUUUUCCAUCCAGGACGGCGCCCUGCCCUCCCAGCUCCUCAACCAGCGGAUGGCCUGCCACGCCACUUGUUUUUACUGAGAGAAAGGAUUCAUUAGAAACUCUGAUAGCACAAAUGGGGCGGAGUCGUCACAUCUGUGAUGACUGGCUUUUUGUGCGUCACGGCCAAAAGUUUUCUACUGAUACAUUUUACCCUCUUUGCUUGUAAAAACGUCUGCAACAAACUUUCUCUAGACUGUUUCCUACAUGUGCUGAAAUUUCACCAGGUGCUCAGUAUAUUAUGAACCAAAUUACAGCCUCAAAAACAGCAUUUUAACCAAAAAAGUGAGCAAUAUGGAUAAUAUCAUUCUCAUCUCAGUACAUACGUACAUCAUACAUCAGUACACAUAUUGUGAUAUUUGUAAAUUCCUGGAAAAAACUAUUCUUUAAAAUGUUUUUACUAAUCCAGACACUUCAUCACAUUGAUGCAAAUAUGCCAUAAACCUGCUUGUUGAAUUGCAACCGUGCCACAAUGUCCUAAUACCACCAUAGAUAUUAAAGAGGACAGCUUUCACGGUUUUAACUCUUUUCAAAAAAUCUCUGACUGUUAUGAUCUCACUGUAUGCAUUGUCAUAUAUAUCAACUCUACUUGAAACUGGGGGUUUUAAAUAAGCUAAUUUGAAAGCUAGUUGAUACAUUAUCUACGAAGCAAAUAUAAAUUUACACAUGAAUUAAAAUUGUACAAGGCAUGGGGAUAACUUUUUCCCAAAUAUACCAUAUACUUAUAUGGGUUUGUAGUUGCUGUUGUGUGUAGGCCUUGUGUUACUAAAGUACAAACAAAUAAAUAUACAAAAAAUACAAUAAUAAAAAUAAUAAAUACAUGAAGCUUUAAAUUUAACAUCCAAGACUGGAUUUCUGAGGUUUUUACAUGACUGCAAGGGGUAUAAAAAAAGUGUGUGUUGUGUUUUUAUGUGUGUUUUGUUCUUACAGCUGCUACUAUUGGAACCUAUUUGAAGGACUUUGAAUGUAGACUCGACCGUAAGGUCUUCUUUUGUAAUAUCUAUGUUCUGUUACUGAGUGAAACAGCUGUUUGACACCGCUGGACAGGUUGUUUUAUCAAGAUGAUAUUGAUGGUGUGCAAAUAAGUUCAAGUGUUUAUUCUUUACACGUAAACUGAUAAUUGUUGGUACAAUAUUUAACGACAGGUGACAUCACAUCGGCUUUUGGUACAGAACCACUAUUGUGUUAUAGUUGUUCGCUCAUCCAUUGUUUGUUUAACUUGUUCAAAUGUUACGUGUGUCAAACGUGUCUGUUAACUCUGGUAUCUGUGUACAAACUGUCUAACUCUUAAUUAUUCUAGGCAGUUUUGUUUUUCAGGUGUUCUAAAAGUGAAUUCACCGUGGAUUGUUUGUUUUUCUAUGAAGGUUCAUACAAAGUGUUGUAGAUCCACUUCUUUGUCAACAAACUGUUGAAUUCAAAAGUCAAGGUUAUUACUGGUUGUUAAUAUUUU